GGGAUUACCUGAAUGACUCGAAUAAACAUUCGAUCUGUGAAGUAAUUAAUUUAAACGAGUAGACUAUGAAAAAGAAAAAAAUCUUUUUCUGCAAAGUAAUGGUGAUGUUAUGUCAGAAGUGAAUAGGCCUCUGUUUAAUGUUAAGGAGACUGAAAUGUUAUCAAGUGCAAAAGAGGAAACAUUUCUGGUAUUUAUAAAUAUAAGAUCGAUAACCAAAAAGAUAGAGAAACUGGAAGUGUUCUUGAAUGAAGUAAAGCCCAAAUAUUAUGUGUAGCAGAACACUGGCUAGGGGAAAACAAAUGCGUAACACUGCCAGGAUACAGCUAUAUUACUACAUUUUGUAGAAAACCUGCAAAAAACGGAGUUUCUUAUGGAGGAGUGGCAAUUUUAGUUAAUGAAGCGUAUGCGAUUGACUUAAGAGUACUAGACAUAAGUAAAUAUUCAAGGGAGGGAGAAUUAGAACUUACGGCAGUACACUGCAUAACCCAGAACAUAAUAAUAAUAAACAUUUAUAGAGUACCUAAUACAACCAAAGAGAGCAUUGAAAAAUUUUCUGCUGUUAUCGCGGAAUUAGUAGAUUAAUUGGGAAACAAGACAGGAAAAUUAAUUUUAUGUGGUGAUUUUAAUUUUAAUUGUAAGCAAGUGGUUAAAGAGAGCAAGGGACUGCUAGAACUAAUUGCAACUAACAAUCUGGAAAUUUUAGUCGAGGAGGUGACGAGGAUAAAAUCGAAUGCUUGUUUGGAUAACAUCGUUACUAAUAUAGAAGAAACUAGAGUCAGAGUGAUGGAACCUGCUCUCUCGGACCACAAAGCACUAGUAUUAACACUCAAAGGAGUAAAAUUUAACAAUCAGGAGAAAUGUGUAGAGUAAGGAAUUUCAGUAUUGAAAACUUUGAAAACUUUCAAGGGAACCUCUUAGCGCUAAAGAAAAUUAGGAAUGGAUACUAUGAAAACCCAGAUGAUCUCUACAGUGAUUUUGCAAAGAUGUUUAAAAGCAUCUAUGAACAAUCUUUUCCAUGGAAGAAAGUUAACAGAAAAAGGAAAACUUGGAUGGACUCUGAAGUGAAGGAGGCAAGAGAAUGGCUAUUGAUACUACAAAGAUACGCAAAUGACUCAGAAGAGGCCAAUGAAAGUUUUAAAAGUUUUCAAAGAAAAUACUUAACAUUAUUACAAAGAAAAAAGUCAAAGCAUAUUCAAAAAGCAAUCAACAAUAGUAAAAAUCCGUCAAAAACUCUGUGGGAUCAAGUGAAGAGAAACUCAAAUUUUAAAGAAAAAAGUAAAAAUAAUUUUAUUUUAGAUAGGAAUGAAAUACCACCGCAUGAAAUAAUGAAUGAAUACAAUAAAUUUUCAACGACGAUAAAAGAAAGGGUUACUCUCAUCAAAAGCAAUCUAGGUCCACUAGCAGUAGUACCUAGAAUAGAAAAUACAUGUGUACUACAUCCGACGGAUAUCUAUGAAGUGGAGACCAUUAUAAAUGAACUGAAAAAUAAAAGUUCAGUGGGUGAAGAUCAAAUCCCCAUCCAGAUUAUAAAAAAAUCAGUCAAACACACACGUGAAAUAAUAGCGAGAGUUUUCAAUCUCAUGAUAGAAUGUGGGCAGUA